CUAAACGGGUGUUAGUGGAAAUGAAGAGGUUAUAGAGUGAGAGAGAGAGAGUUAGAGAGAGAAACCGAUAUCGAACUCAGAUGCAGCAAUGCUCAUACGCGUCUUCUCGCUUUUACUAUCAUUAUUACUGUAUCCACAUCCGUCUCACACUAAAACAGUACCAUAUCAACUGCGGAUGAGCUGUGGGGCUCGUGAUGAUGUCCAUACUCGGCCAACCAAUACGUUCUGGAGCAAAGAUUUUGCGUAUACUGGAGGAUUACCUGCUAAUGGAACUCGUACGAGUUUUAUUUCACCUCCACUUCAGACAGUUCGUUAUUUUCCACUCUCUGAGGGUCCGGAAAAUUGCUAUAAUAUUAACAGAGUGCCUAGUGGCCACUAUGCAGUGAGAAUAUUUCUUGGAUUGGUUACUGAUCCUAAUUUUGACAAUGAACCUCUGUUUGAUAUUUCAUUAGAGGGAACCCAGAUUUACUCUUUGAAAUCAGGAUGGAGCAGCCGUGAUAAUGAGCAGGUAUUUGUUGAAGGAAAUGUGUUUCUCACUGACGGCUCUGCUUCUCUUUGCUUUCAUAGCACUGGUCACGGUGAUCCUGCCAUUCUUGCAAUUGAAAUUCUUCAGAUUAGUAGGAGGGCAUACAAUUUUGGGCCUGGCUGGGGUAAAGGAUCAAUUCUAAGAACACACAAAAGGCUGAGUUGUGGAUCUAAGAAUCCAAGAUUUGAUGUUGAUUAUAGAGGGGACCACUGGGGUGGUGAUAGAUUCUGGGACUCCAUCAAAACAUUUGGUCAAGGUUCUGACCGUGCUAUAUCUACCUCGAGUACUAUUAAAAUGGCGUCAAGUUCCCCAAAUUUUUACCCGCAGGCCCUGUAUCAAACAGCACUUGUUGGUACAGUUAGUCAGCCAAUAUUAGCUUAUACUGUUGAUGUAGAUCCCAACAGGAAAUAUUCCGUUUGGCUGCAUUUUGCAGAAAUUGAUUCUUUAAUCACGGGUGUGGGGCAACGAGUAUUUGACGUUCUUAUAAAUGGUGAUGCAGCUUUUAAAGAUAUUGAUAUUGUGAACAUCACUAGAGAUAUUAAUAGUGCACUUGUGCUAAACAAGACAAUUGAUGUUAAGGGAAAGAGUUUGACUAUAGCUUUGCAUCCUAGCAAAGGUACCGCCAUAAUCAAUGCACUUGAGAUAUUUGAGAUUGUCCCUGCUGAAGCCAAAACUCUUCCAUCUGAAGUUAAGGCCUUGCAGAAAUUGAAGAGUGCAUUGAGCCUUCCUCCUCGUUUUGGCUGGAAUGGUGAUCCUUGUGUUCCUCAGCAACACCCAUGGAGCGGUGCAAAUUGUCGAUAUGACAGGGCUAGCCAUAAAUGGGUCAUUGAUGGACUUGGUCUUGACAAUCAAGGUUUAGGUGGUUUCCUGCCAAAUGACUUAUCCCAACUUAGUCAUCUACAAAGCAUAAACUUGAGUGGAAACAGCAUCAAGGGACCUAUUCCAUCUUCAAUUGGAAAUAUAUCUACCUUGCAGAUCCUGGAUUUUUCGUUCAACUUCUUCAAUGGAUCAAUUCCAGAGAGUCUAGGGAAGUUAACAGCAUUACAAAGAGUGAAUCUGAAUGGUAAUCUUCUGUCUGGAAAAGUUCCAGAAACACUAGGAGGAAGACUUCUACACAGAGCAAGUUUCAAUUUUACGGAUAAUGCAGGACUUUGUGGUAUUCCUGGCUUACGUUCAUGUGGGUAUCACCUAUCUACUGCUGCAAAAGUUGGUAUUGCCAUAGGAUCAUGUCUGGCCUUCCUUCUUGUUAUCACCUGCUUAAUGUGCUGGUGGAAGAGACGGCAAAAUAUUUUGAAAGCACAGAAAAUUGCAGCAAGAGACGCACCAUACGCUAAAUCGAGGACAAUUUUCAAUCGUGACGUGCAAAUGGGAACGAGACAUCAUUCGCAUGAAAACAGCAUCAGGACAGCUAAUGAGAACGGGCCAAGCCUGCUCUCUUGAUCCGUUUCAUUUAACUCUUCCCUCCUCCCCCAAAGCAAACAGGUUCCAUUCCAUUUUCUUUUUGUUGUUUGUUUCACCCCCAUGGAGUUAUGCUUUUUUAUUUAUUUAUUUAUUUACAACACAUGUAAAGUACAGAAGAAUUAUAACAAAAGAACACAUUCCAAAUUGGGAGUCAUAUAUAUAUAUAGGUUUUUGGAGAUCAUGUUGU